AUGGUUGAACUACUCUCUUCGGGUCUCCCUCAGAACGGGCACGUUCAGCAGUCCCAGGACUCGGCCGAUCACGUAGCCUCGGUUGCUCGUCUGCUCCUCGCGACCAAUCUCGCGUCCCGUCAGGAGAACAAGAUGAUGACUCGCGAGGAACGCCAGGUCAUGAUUGACGAGUUGAGCAAGAAGCGUGCAGGGUGGCGCACUCCCCGUCGAGGCUGGUCCAUCACCGACUCUCCCGUCGUGACUUCCGCCCAGGGUAGCCCGGCCCCCAGUGCCAAUGCCCCUUAUCCCGCUCCUCCCCCCACGACUCAGCACGAAGCUAUCGAGAGACACGCAAUCGCUUCUGUGCCUGAGCAGUCGGAACUUGCAAUCGGAGAGAUGAAGCAACUUCCUCAUGCCCCUGUGGCCCGCCGGCCGCCUCUCCCGCCCCCGCGCCGUUCUUACUCUGUCACGGAUUAUGAGCCGCCGGCUCGCAUUCACAGACCAUCGGCCCGCAUGGACAUUUUCGACCUUCCUGCCGAGCUGCACUACGCCAUUUUCGACCACCUCGACCCCAUUGACAGCACCUGCUUCGGUUUGACAAACAGCCAUUUCUACAACAUCCACCGCCGCAUGCACGGCUCUGUGCCGUUGUCGUCCCGUCGCAACGGACCCAAUGACCUCGAGUGGGCCUGGCGGUUCGCUGGUCCCCUCAUCUACAACGGGUCCGCUGCUCCUCCCGCCGAAGCUUUCCAGGACAGCGCCCUCGAGCGCAUGCGCGUCAAGGGCCAGGUCUACUGUCGCAAGUGCGGAAUCUCUCGCUGCGAGCUUCACCGUCACCUCCGCGAGUGGAUGGGGUCCACACUUGAGUACUGCUCCAUCACCCAGAAGUACGGCCCUAGGGCUGCUGAGGAAGCUGCCGAAACUUGUUACAUCAAGUCCCCGAAGCACCCGAACCGCUGCGGUCGACACGCCGCUAAGCCCGUCAAGCUGAGCAGCCAGGCGUAG